CAUCAGCCUCCACACUAUACAUCCUAUCCGAAAAGGAGCGUUAGUAAUUUCUGCUAGUGCCACCCAUUUUGACAGAAUAAUUUGGAGAGCUGACGACAUCAAUUAUCAACUUCUCCUCUGGGAGUCGUUUCUCAGUCAGAAAUGGACAAGAGGCGCCAAAAAGAAAACCUGGACAAAUUGGUUCGGUAGUAGGAAAGAUAACGAGAAAAAUUCAUCACUGUUUGUGCUCGAGUAUGUAAGGUGUGUUGUGCGUACGUGUACAGGUACGUCGUACACGCCACGCUUGCUCACUCUGAAAGUGAAGCAAAUAUCGACGAGAAAAGGAGAAUGAGAGGCGAACAGGGAACAGGAAAUAAAUGUUAAUGCGCUGUUAGGUACUUACUGUUAGCGUUACAAACGUUAUGAACAGGUUAUAUUUCAUACUGGACCACUGAAGGAAUUACGCAAAAAUGAGAACUCGCAAGCGAUCUAGUAGCAUGGGUGCGUUGAGGCGAUGCGGCACCAAACCUCUACUCUUGUUCUUCGUGCUUUUCACAUUUUGCCAACUUUUUCUAGCCCUGUUACACACAAAACUGGCUGACGAUUCGAUAGGCGACCUCAUGGAAUUACCAGGGAUGGAUGACCGAAGGGUGUAUCCCAUAAUAUCCCCGAAAGACUUGAAGAAUGGGCAAGAGAUGCAGCGAGAUUUAAACCAAGUGCGAGAUGCAGACACAAAGGAAAGUCUUCAUUCCAGAAAGGGACCGGUGAUGAGCAAGGAAAUGCUGACGUUGUCGUUCCAAGUGACAAUAAAAUGAAUCCUUUGGCAGGCAUGUCGAAUCAGAGCGAAAACGUGAGAACUAGGAUGCAGAAUACAAGGCAAGAUGAAGUAAAUAUCAAGAACGUGUCAAAUGUGAAAUACAUUUUGCCAAUGUUGCUAGGUAACCAGGGACCAAACAACCAAUUCCAAGCGCUCAAACUUGUAUCCAUCAUUGCUCAAAGGCGAAACCUGACACUCGUCCUUGCUCCGUUUUUCGAUCAUGGACCGACAGUAGAAACACAGCUCCCUCACACCUUUGAAGAAACCCUUGAUCCCGACAUACUGGCCCAGUUCGUAUCCGUAGCAACCAUGGAAGAAUUCAAACGCCAAUGCAAGCGGAAAGCGGACGCGGUGUUCCUUGGUACCAAUAUGGUGAUCAAUCAGACUCUUUCUCAAACAGAUCAAAUAAAUUCUUUCGUCGAUCAAACCAUCAAGGCAUAUUAUAAUUGGACGGGAAUAAAGAUACCUUCAACUUUCUUGUAUAUGAACCGAUCUGAUGACGUCAUUCAGAUCCAUGCCGAUCUGCCGUACUCUAUUCCUGUCGAUGAUUUCCUCGAUAAGUAUCCAGACUCGUUGAUUACAUCGCAUCAGUGUAAUGCAUUUCUUUACCCGUAUGGGUAUCUGGGUCGACUAAGCUACGCGCAACACAUCAGUCGUUACACCAAAUACUUCGUCAGGGGAAAAGUAGUCAGAGAAACGGCGCAAUCCUUUAUCAACACUGCCAUGAAUAACUUGACAUAUGUCUGCAUACAUUGGAGAUUCAACAAAGAGUGGAAAGAUACAUGGUGUAAGCAAGAUUAUGCACUGGAUCUCUGCAACGCGUUAGAUGCUUUAACACCGUCUCAAUUGGUAGCAAAAGUUUCUCACUUCAUGGCGAUAUCUGACAUUAAAGCUGCUUAUUUUGCAUCCGAACUCGGAAACCAGAAUGAUUUGAUCAAAGGUCUUCGUGUGGGAGUGCCAAACUUUCACACGACGAGCGACCUCAUCGACGAAUCUCCAAAACUAUCACGUGACAACAACUAUCUGACGUCAUUAGUAGAACAGGAGAUCUGUAAAGAAUCAACAUUCUUCCUAUCUAGUCAUCUGUCUUCGUGGUCCGAUAUGGUUAAACAGGAUCGAUAUGACAAAAGAUGGCAAGAGGUCAAUGAACUAUUCAAAUAGGUCUUAGCAUGCAUCCAACAGCAGCAACAGCAACAGAAAGGAAAAUAGUAUUCGCCAGUCAUUUCAUGAAGCUCCAAAUAGUGCCCUCUGUUAGAGAUUGUACGUAGAAGGGAACUGUUUGGAUCAGCAUGUUUUAACAAUUGUUCUAGGGUUAAAUUGAUCAGGGAAAUUGAUCUUCUUGUUCGUGAUUUGAGGGUAGAUGUCCGGGGGGUGAUUGUCGACUGGCAGAGACAGGUGUCCCCAUACGAUAAUAUAAUUAUCUGUGUUUAUAUUUUCAAACAGUGUCACGAGUAGCAUAUUCGUCAAAUUCUCGCUAUCGCCAAUAUCCCGAAAUGCCCAGAUAUGCGACUCUUGGAUGUAAUUUCGGGCCACUUCCGGUACUUGCAUUCUUCCGGUGUACGGUGCAUGCAUGCGCCGUAUAAAAUAUGCAUGCG